ACUGAUGGCUGAUAGUACAGCUAAACUAACAUCAGCUGUCAGUUCACUUCCUGAGUUGCUUGAAAAGAAGAGGCUGAUCGAUAUGCACACCACAAUUGCCACAGCACUUUUGGAUCACAUUAAGUCAGGAAAGCUCGAUGUAUACUUUGAGACUGAAGAGAAGAUCAUGAGCAAAGCCACAUUGGACAAAUCAAUCUUGGAAAUUAUUCAAGAUCCAGAAGCCGGUACUCCUCAAGACAAGCUGCGAUUAUUUAUAAUUUACUUCAUAUCUGGACCAACCAUGUCGCCGGCGGAGCUUGAUCAAUAUUCAUCUGCUUUACUAGAUGCAGGAGCUGAUCUCGCGCCAUUAGAAUACAUCAAGAAAUGGAGAGCGUUUACCAAGAUCACUGUGGGACCUCUUCAGUCUGGAGGGGGAGGACAAAACACAUACAGCGCCAUGUUUUCGAGGUUUAUGAAUACCGGAUCACAGUUUGUCAUGGAGGGAGUCAAGAAUCUUGUCGUUGGAAACAAGAAUUUACCCGUCACACGUAUUGUGGACGCCUUGAUGGACAACAAGUCAAAUCCGGAAAUUGAAGAUUACAGAUAUUUUGACCCAAAGAUGCUACGCGUUACAGAUAGUUUGUCUAUUCCUCGAAAUAAAACUCCAUUCAGCGAGGCGAUAGUGUUUAUAGUUGGAGGCGGAAAUUACAUUGAAUAUCAAAACCUGAUGGAUUACAGUCAGAGGCAUUCUGGUGCAAAGAAACUGCUGUAUGGAGCUAGUGAAGUGAUGAACGCUGCACAGUUACUUAAACAGUUGUCACAUCUUGGCCAAGAAGCAGUUUAACAAGUGAAAAAUUUGCGUCGAAACUAUUUUCAAAACUCGUCGGAUAUUCCUUCUCGUUGUAAUCUGUAGACGAAACCUUUCAUCUUCAUGGACAAAAGAAAGGAUAUUAUGAACUUAACUUUAUCAACGAUGGGAAGGGAUCGACUAUUCUAUCUCCAUGGUAACAUUUUCAGUCGUGAGAACACUGGUUGCUGUUGAAGCCAAUUGAGCACUGUCAAUCAAACAUUUCAUUUGUGGAAAACUGAUGUGUGACCUAGUGCUUCGUCACGCAAUUUUUUAGCAUGGAAUUUCUUGUUACGAAAUCGUUCCUCCUCGAUUUGUGAAUGAACGUCUGCAAUACGAAGAUACUAGUUUGGGUUCAUGGACGGAAAGACGAUUGUAAUUCUGGAUACAAAGCUUGCCGAAGUCGUCUGUAGAUAAUGAAAUAGUUUUAUUGAUGAGUAGUUUUAGAUGUAUUUGCCUCCUGCCGAACGCUUACCUCGAAUGUAAAGUAAGAAUAGAAUCGAUUUUAAAAUGUUUAAACGAUAUCUCACUUCAAAGAAGUGACUAUUUAUAUAUCUACCAUCUGAUUAAUUAAAGUUUGAAAUUACGAUUAGCGUCAACAGAUUGACAUUUAUGCGAGUGGCUGCACGCGAUCGCUUUUGGCCGUUCGAAAUUUAAAAUUAGCCUUUAACACCUCUCCUGUAGCAUAACGUUAUUUCCAAAAAUGUCAACCUUUCUCUAACUCGGGUGUCGUUACCCCUCAUGGUGUGCAUAUCCUGGUAGAUCUCUUUAAUGCUGCUGCUUUCUUUUAUCGUUAGAAGUCGAUGACAAAGAAUAAUAAAAAAAAAUCAUGAAUCUGUUCUUGCUUAUAA